UUUCAUGAUGAAUUAGAUUUAAAUAAGAAUUUUCUUGAAAAGAAAAGAAAAUAUAUUUAGGCUUAUAAUUUAGUAUGCCUUUUAAGAAAAUUAAACAUUUAUAACUAUAUAUAUGUGGUGAAAUUGCAAGGAAAUUAAGAACCAGUCAAUUAAAGUUCAGUAAAAAAAAAAAAAAAUCAAGUCAAGCAAAAAUUCUAUGCCCACUUACUCAUUGAGUGGUAGAAGAAAAAAGUUUCAAAAAUGUAGAAAUCUUUGCAAAAGCAUGAAGAACGAAAACAUAAACAAUAGUAAGCAAUAACGUGUUACAUGUUCCAAGGGCCUAGCAAGAUCGUCCAGGAAACCUCUAUAAAUAAGCCUAACAAUAUCUCCCAGCUACAAGCAACCAACUCGCUAUACAUAUCCUCAAGCUCAAAGCAAAUGGCCACAGUUAAGGCUCCAAGGUCUAUUAUGGUGACCCUCUUCAUUAUUUCUUUGGUUUUGUUUCCUUGUGUUGCAGAUCAUACUAAAGAUCCAGGUGUUGGUGGGCGUAAAGCUGUCGUUACUGCAGGAGGAUUAGUUAAAUGUCCUCAUUGCGCUUGUUGCAAACCUCCUCCAACUCCAAACUCCUGCUGCAAGUGCUGCGAUUCUCCUGCUGAGAACACUGCCAAUUCUAACAAUGGCUUUCCAUGAGACCACAUGGCUAGGCUAUUUUGGAGGUUUUGAGACAUACGCGACAAAUUGAAUAAGAAAAGAGGACUGUAGUACUUUUUUUGUUCUCCUAUAUAGGCUAAUAAACUUGAAUAAAUGAAGUGUCUCGAGAGAAAGUUUCAAAUUUGUAAUAUCAAUAAGUUUCCCCUUCUCGUA